CUGCGGCGCCUGGCGGAGCGGAAGCGCGACGGGAGGAGCAGACGCGGGGCGGGCGGGGCCGGCGCGGGGCGGCCGGAGCAGGCGCCGCACAGCACGGCAGGCAUCAUGACUCCCAUGAGGACCCAGCACUCGCUGGCAGGUCAGACCUACUCAGUGCCCUUCAUCCAGCCAGAACUGCGGCGAGAGGAGGCCAUCCAGCAGGUGGCAGAUAUCCUGCAGUACCUACAGAAGGUCUCUGGAGACAUCUUUAGCAGAAUUUCCCAGCGAGUAGAGCUGAGCCGGAGCCAGCUGCAGGCCAUUGGGGAGAGGGUCUCCUUGGCCCAGGCCAAGAUUGAGAAGAUCAAGGGCAGCAAGAAGGCUAUCAAGGUGUUCUCCAGUGCCAAGUACCCAGCUCCAGAGCGCCUGCAGGAGUACAGUUCCAUCUUCACAGGUGCUCAGGACUCUGGCCUGCAGAGACGCCCCCGCCACAGGAUCCAGAGCAAGCACCGCCCCCUGGAUGAGCGGGCCCUGCAGGAGAAGCUGAAAUACUUCCCUGUGUGUGUGAACACCAAGCCAGAGCCUGAGGAUGAGGCUGAGGAGGGGCUCGGGGGUCUUCCCAGCAAUAUCAGUUCCGUCAGCUCCUUGCUGCUCUUCAACACCACUGAGAACCUGUAUAAAAAGUAUGUCUUCCUGGAUCCCCUUGCUGGUGCUGUAACAAAGACCCAUGUAAUGCUGGGGGCAGAGACAGAGGAGAAGCUAUUUGAUGCCCCUUUGUCCAUCAGCAAAAGAGAGCAGCUGGAACAACAGAUGCCAGAGAACUACUUCUAUGUGCCCGACUUGGGCCAAGUGCCUGAGAUCGAUGUGCCGUCCUACCUGCCAGACCUGCCAGGCAUCGCCGACGACCUCAUGUACAGUGCUGACCUGGGUCCCGGCAUUGCCCCCUCUGCCCCUGGCACCAUUCCAGAGCUGCCCACCUUCCACACAGAGGUGGCUGAGCCUUUCAAGCAAAACCUAGAAGAUGGGGUGCUAACAGCACCCCCACCACCUCCACCCCCACCUCCACCUCCCCCAGCUCCAGCAGUACUGCUCAGCACUCCCCCACCCCCACCCCAGACUGCAGCCUCUCUAGGUCAAGGCACCAAGGAAGAUGACAGCAAUGUGUCUCCUUCAGCUCCAGUCCAGGGAGCGCCCAAGGAGGUGGUUGACCCCUCCAGUGGCCGGGCCACUCUGCUCGAGUCCAUCCGCCAGGCUGGGGGCAUCGGCAAGGCCAAGCUCCGCAGUGUCAAGGAACGCAAGCUUGAGAAGAAGAAACAGAAGGAGCAGGAGCAAGUGAGAGCCACAGGCCAAGGCGGGGACCUGAUGUCAGAUCUCUUUAACAAGCUGGUCAUGAGGCGCAAAGGAAUCUCCGGGAAAGGACCUGGGACGGGGGCCAGCGAGGGGCCAGGAGGAGCCUUCGCCCGAAUGUCAGACUCUAUUCCGCCUCUGCCUCCCCCACAGCAGCCACCUGGGGAGGAGGAUGAGGAUGACUGGGAAUCCUAGGGGCUCAGCCACUCCUUCCUCCCCAAAACCCAAGCUGAGGCUCUCACCCUCACAUGGAAAUAGCUGGGAUGGGCUCCCUGGCCUGCAGGUCUCUCAACCGCUGCUGCCCUUGGAGGAAUGGGGAUCAUGGAGGGCUGUCCCAAGUCUGCCUGGACCAUCUUCAAGGAGUAGGGAGGCUGGCUUCUGAGCGUGGUGGGAGGAGGCCCUCGUUCUGCCUGUGCUCUAUGCACCUCCUUCACCAGCGUGCCCUUUUCUUCCCUAAGAGACUCUGGGAUACAACAGUACACAAAUCAAUAAAGAAGUAUAAUGCAGAACUGA